AUUAUACAUAUAUCCUGAAAAAUAAAGGCAAUAUUGACAGAUCCUGUAAAGAGACUUUGUUACAGGAUUUUCAGAAACGAAGUCUCACACGUACUUGGGGUAUUUUAGAUAGGCGCAGGCCGGCGCACACUAUACAGCAACUCACAGAUAAUGAAGCAAUAAGGUGUGGAAGCUCUAAAGGAGGAUUAUCAGGGGAUGUUAAGCCGCGUAAUUCUCUUUUACAUGACAUAGGAAACAUACACAUCGUUAUGAUUACAGAUAAUAUGAACAUUCUACGACGCAUUCUUCAGAAGAUUAGAUACAUAGAACAAAGCCUCCUAAUUACCGGAAUCACCAUUAUCAUAGAAUAUCAUAGAGAAUUAAGUGUGGCUGUCCAGGAGACUUUAUCAAUGAGAAAUACAACAUUCAGCAACGAAGUAAAACUUCAGGCAAAAUAUCUCCUGAACCUCCAAGGGGAAAUGCGGAAAAUCCAUACGAUACAGCAGCAACUGAAGGAAGGAAUCUUAGUAACUAUCGCAAUACUCAAAAUCCGGAAUCAUCAGCAAGGAUUCGGGGAAAUCGGUACUAUAAUGCUGAAGCAAUACAACGCCGUCAUCAAUUCGGUGUGUGAUCCAAUACGUAAGAUCACGGCGGCAGAAAUAAUACAUACAUGUCGAACAAUUCUACAUCGUCCCGCCUCGUCCUUAUCAUAUAAGGCAUACAGUUCCGUACGGAGGGGUAAACACCAUCCGCAUAUUACGAGGAGUGAGUACUCGCUACUGGGGAUUGAAGUAUAUCGUCUGAUGCUCCUUUUACCGAUGCUGGUUGCAUUCACACUGGAAGUAUUAUCGUUAUUACUAGGCAUCCCAUUGAAAGUUGUCCUUUCUGUAUCUUAUGGACUCUUUGCCUUAGGCGUCAUAGGAUAUCUCUAUGUGAUUCUGAAAGUAUCCGAAUAUGGACAGACAUUAGAUGGUAUCAUAACUGAUUAUUAUUGGAUGCUAUGUUGUACCGAUGGCGGGGGUUCUCUAUCGCUGCAGUGUGAUCGUAACUCGCAUAACCGGUUUUUGAAUUGA